AUUUUACAGACGGCGGUAGAGAGAAAGGAGAAGUUUUUAUCCUUUAUCGUCCUGUUCAGAAAGAUUCAGCUCCGCCAUGGCCUGCGCUUCGCAGUCGUUGAUAUCUGCGAGCAGCUGCGCGUUCUCAUCUCAGAGGAUUCUCUCAAAGCCUGGAUGGCCCAAGAGAAAGACGGCAAGCCUCUUCUCUGUGAACGCUUCGUCCAGUACCGAAGAAUCGGAUUGCAACGUCGAUGAGUGUGCCCCUGAUAAGGAGGUUGGAAAGGUGAGCAUGGAAUGGUUGGCUGGAGAUAGAACUAAGGUUGUUGGAACUUUUCCUCCUCGGAAAAAAGGUUGGACUGGAUAUGUAGAGAAAGAUACUGCUGGGCAGACAAACAUUUACUCCAUUGAGCCAUCGGUGUAUGUGGCAGAAAGUGCAAUAAGCUCAGGCAAUGCAGGUACAUCAGCGGAUGGCGCAGAGAACAUAGCAGCAAUCACUGCAGGUGUAGCUCUCAUCUCUAUCGCAGCAGCAUCGUCCGUGCUUAUUCAAGUCUACAAGAAUGAACCACCAGUUCAGAGAGUGGAUUACAAUGGCCCUCCUUUGAGUUACUACAUCAACAAAUUCAAACCAGCUGCUACAGUGGAAGCUUUAGUCCCGCCUGCACCUGAAACCUCUCCAUCCGUUCAAGCCUCAGUUCUUCCUGAAUCUGCUUCCUCAACAGUCCAAGCUUCAAUGGCUUCAGAAUCCGAGAUUUUGUCAGAACUGCAGUCUCAAGACAAUGCAAAUUUGGUUCCUGAAGUUCAGAUGGAAGUGAAGGAGACUGUGGAAGCUUCUACUGGAAGCAAUGCAUCUUAGGUGAUGACUUGCCGGGUAUCAUCCUGGCUUUCAUGGAUUUUGCAUACAUUUAAAUGUAUUUUCAGGUGUAAUCUAUAGCACACAUUAUGCAGUGAUAUGAUUAAAUUUGGGCUUCUUGUAUACAAAAAAUCAUUUGCCUUCUUUUGUUUUUUUCUUUUUGCUGUUGUUUCCAAAGAUAAAGUUGAUCUGAAAGUUCUAAUAUCAA